AUGCUGACCCCAGGUGUUAAUAUGGAAGAGGAGGAUGAGGCGAUCUCUGGGGAAGAAGGUUUAUUCAUCUGACGUUUCGUGUUCAAGCUCGAGCACAUCAUCGGAGAUAGGCUAAGUGAGAAAUACAGGGUUUAAAUAGGCCAUCUGCACUCGAACCUAUCGGGUGAUGAUGAUGAUGAUGAUGAUGAUGAUGAUGAUGAUGAUGAUGAUGAUGAUGAUGAUGAUGAUGAUGAUGAUGAUGAUGAUGAUGAUGAUGAUGAUGAUGAUGAUGAUGAUGAUGAUGAUGACAAACGUUAUCGGUAA